AUGUAUCAGCUCACGGCGGAAGAUCUCGAUGACUAUGAUUAUAUUGACACUCCUGUCAUCCGCGCUGCAGCCAAACCCAGCCUGGCCAGACUGGAAGCGCUUUUGGCUCGUUACGCUGCAUCCAAUAGGGAACAGAACUUAUCCCGAUGGAAACGAUUGCCGAUAGACAGGUUAUCACCCAAUUGUACCGUGAACUUUGAUGGCAGAAUCCAGUCUCCACUAAAUGCUGCGAUCGGCGCCAAUUUACCAGAUAAUGUCCGUCUUCUGCUGGCCGCCGGCGCCGAUCCGAACGGCAUUGAAGCUUGCGAUAUGGCAGACUUUUCAGUCAACUUUAUUCGUGGCCGUGACUUCCACUUCAACCGUAACGAGAGGAGGCUUGGUCCAGGGUUUGAACGUCGCGCUCAUGUUCUAGCCACUGCGCGAAGUGAGAGAGGCAUUGAUCACCAGACGGAGCUCAACGUUCCCGAACGGAACUUCUCGUUGACUGGGAAGGAUAGAACGCCGUCGACGGCGAAGGAAAAAAGGCCAAAGCCCAUGUCGAUGCGGCUAAUGGACAGGGCUUUGACAGCGCUGGAAGUCGCGGCAAGGACGGGCAGUCUAGAGAUUCUAGAUCUCCUGCGGGCGGCAGGAGCGGACGAGUCUGCCUGGACACAACCAUCAACCACGAGUAGUAAUGAUACGGACCAAUUCAAGAUUGAAGGUGAGACUACCCCAAUCUCUGCCCUGGCGACAUCGUCUCCCGUCCACGAAGCCAUUGCCGCCGGCCAGCAGUCCAUGCUCCGUCAUCUUCUGUCCAUCUGUAGGUAUUCGCCAAACUAUCGUCCUCGCGCAACCCCCACUGUUGCUCUCCCACCACUUUCCUACGCCAUCGCCCGCUGCGAUCUCGACAAUACCGGCGUCCAGAGGUGCCUGGUUGACCUACUCUCCCAUCCACAGCUGGACGCCAAUUUGCGCACACCCAUCUUCAGCGUCCACCCGCUCCACUUUGCCACGGCUCGUCAUGAUCCCGACCUUCUCUCGUGGCUGGCAGGAUUCAUUCCUGGUGGGUUCGCCGCGGCCGGGGUCACAGCACUUGGCCACACGCUGCUCCAUGUGGCUUCCUUGCCUCUGACAAAUAGUCAAAUUAUUGCUGGUAAUACAGAUAUCGCCAGAAGCAUCCAUUGCGUGCGCACUCUCGACUCCUAUUGGCGUCCAUUUCAUCUUCUCAGUCCAAUCCACAUGCAAUUUCAAACGCCUGGGGAAAUGGGUGCGAAGAAUGCACAGCCAAUGACAGUUGCCGAGCAACAGGCCCAAAAGGCAACUAUCCGGGUGUUGCUGGAAUGGGGUGGGGUUGAUGUCUGUGCAAAAGAUGUUGAUGGCAACACGGCGUUACAUUAUUUGGCGAGCACUUUGAAUGUGGACGAGACGGUGGAAAUGGUAAGACAGAUGGAAGGAGGGGAGGCAGUCUGGCAGGAGGCGACCAAUUACUGGGGUCUGACUCCGAGGCAGCUAUGGGGAGAGUAG